AUGCCCUGCAGGAAGCAAGGACCCCCCGGCAGGGAGCGAGGGGCCCCGGCGGUGAGCAGCGACCCUUCGCCGGGGCGCCCUUGUCCGCCACGGCAGGGCAGACGCAGGUAUGAGCCGGGCCUCCUCGCCAGCGGGCCCGUCCAUGUCCGGCUCCUGGCGGACUCGUCGAUCCCCUCACACCUCUCUGGCACAAUUUCUGCGCUGGAGCUGCUCGGUCUCCAGCACUGCCUUUGGUGCUCUACAUCUCACUCCGUGGGAGCUCUCCCCAGGGCUGGACAGUGCCUCUGGAGAAAAAAUGCCAUCCAAGCCCCUUCUCCCGUGUGGACGAGGCUCACCCCAUGUGACAGAAGCUGCAAUCCCUGUGUAGCAGGUACCGGUGACCUUCGAGGACGUGGCUGUCUGCCUGAGCCGUGCCGAGUGGGAGGCUAUCCCAGAGGAGCAGCAGGAGCUGUACCGCAGCUUCAUGCUGGACACCUACGAGCUCCUGACAUCCCUGGGCAUCCAAGCAGAGUCCUGGUGAGAAUCAAGGAAGAGGUGUUUGGUGGGCACCACCAGAGCUCCCAGCACAAGGAUGUGUCCCAGCAGCCCACUGCCUAUGAUGCCAGUCAUGAGGCCACUGUGAAGUUGGAACCAGAGGAGGAGUUGUACACCAGGUGUCCCAAAGGUCUGGGUGACCCAGGAGGUCACAGCCACAGUGUUGGGGCAGAUGACAAGCUGGGGCCCAAGGAGGACAUAAGAGCAGCAGUGGCAGAACAUGUGGAGAGACAGGGGUCUUUGUCCCCAGAGGAUUCCCUCAGCCCCCAGCCCCAUGACCCUGAGUGCCAGGAUAUCUGCCUGGAGAAGGUGUUGGCUCCAGCGUCAAGUGGUCGGCAGAUCCCUCCCGCUGGCUGCACGACAGGCACCGCCCAGAAGCGUGUGGCCAAACGUCCCUUUGCCUGCAGUGAGUGUGGGAAGAGCUUCACCAGGAAGGAUGACUUGAUCCAGCACCAGCAUAUGCACACUGGGGUGAAGCCUUAUGUCUGCCCUGGGUGUGGCAAGAGCUUCAGGUACAGAGUCAGCCUGGUCAACCACCAGCGCAUCCACACAGGUGAGCAGCCCUUUGCCUGCCUGGAGUGCGGCAAGGGUUUCACCUACAGAGGCAGCCUGGUCAUCCACCAGCACAUCCACACUGAUGAGAAGCCCUUUGCAUGCCCCAAGUGUGGCAAAAGCUUCAACCAAAAAAGCACCCUGGUCAUGCACCAGCGCAUCCACAACAGUGUGAAGCCCUUCCUCUGUGCUGAGUGUGGCAAGAGCUUCACCCAAAAAGGCCAUUUUGUCUCCCACCAGCGCAUCCACACUGGUGAGAGACCUUAUCUCUGCACAGACAAAAGCAACCUGGACAUGCACCAGGUCAUCCACAGCAGGGAGAAGCCCUUUACCUGCCACGAGUGUGGCAAGAGCUUCACUCGAAAAUGCCGCUUGGUCACCCACGGGCGCACCCACGCCACUGGGUGAUGCUCUGCCUGCUCCCAGUGUGGUAGGAACUUCAGUGUGAACCCUGCCCCUUACCCAUGCAGGGGAGUGGCUCUACCCCUGCCCUGUGCAACACCAGAAGGAGUUGGUGGUGCACUGUGGUGUGCAUGCCAAGGAGAGGAUCUCUCCUGCUGCUGUGCCAGAGUUUUUUCCCCAGUUCUCCCUGUGCACCAUGCUGGGAGCACAGAACAACACCUGAGAAACGGGGAGCAAAGCAGGCAGAGGGUGCUGGAGAUGUGGCGCUCUCUGCUCCCUGGCACCAAGCAGGAAUGUGGAGCAAGGUGGUGGCCACAGGCCAGUAGGCACCUAGACUUGAGACACCUGCUUGGCCUGGCUUCUGCAGGGGCCAGAAACCAGAGCUCAGCCCCUGUCAGCUCAGACAGCAGCGCUUUCUAGACUGCUGCCCAGAUGCUGGGAGACACAGGAUUUCAUAGGGUAGCUCAGGAUGGAAGGGACCUCAAUGACCAUCCAGUUCAACCUCCCUGCCAUGUGCAGGGACACCUUGCACUAGACCACGUUGCUCAAAGCCUCAUCCAGCCUGGUGUUAAACACCUCCAGAGUUGAGGUACCCAUGGCUUUUCUGUACAACUCAUUCCAGUGUCUUACUACCCUGACAAUAAAGAAUUGCCUAAUCUCCAACCUGAA